GGCGAGGGGCGGGGCGAGGGCGCGGGCAGGCGGUGGGGCCAAGAUGGCGGCGCGGGUGCGGGCGGGGGGCGGCGGGGGCCGGGGGGCGGCGGGACGCUGGCCCCGCCCCCUGCUGCUGCCAGUCUGCGCCGGGCGUCGGCAGCGGCGGAGCCCGCAACAUGGCGGCGGCGGCGGCGGCGCUCAGCUUCGGGCCCGAGCGGGAGGCCGAGCCGGCCAAGGAGGCGCGCGUCGUGGGUUCCGAGCUCGUGGACACGUACACGGUUUAUAUCAUACAGGUUACUGAUGGCAACCACGAGUGGACAGUCAAGCAUCGUUAUAGUGACUUUCAUGACCUACACGAAAAGCUUGUUGCAGAGAGAAAAAUUGACAAAUCUCUACUUCCACCCAAAAAGAUAAUCGGAAAGAACUCAAGAAGCUUGGUAGAGAAAAGGGAGAAGGACCUGGAGGUAUACCUCCAGACUCUCCUGGGCACCUUCCCUGAUGUGGCUCCCAGAGCUUUGGCCCACUUCUUGCAUUUCCACUUCUAUGAAAUAAACGGCAUCACUGCAGCACUGGCUGAAGAACUCUUUGAAAAAGGAGAACAGCUGCUGGGAGCCGGCGAGGUCUUUGCCAUCAGACCCUUGCAGCUCUACGCUGUCACGGAGCAGCUGCAGCAAGGAAAGCCUACUUGUGCCAGCGGUGAUGCCAAGACUGACCUUGGGCACAUCCUAGACUUCACCUGUCGCCUUAGGUACCUUAAGGUUGCUGGCACAGAAGGACCUUUUGGGACCAGCAACAUUCAGGAGCAGCUCCUGCCCUUUGAUCUUUCUAUAUUCAAGUCUCUUCAUCAGGUGGAGAUAAGUCAUUGUGAUGCUAAGCACAUCCGAGGGCUGGUCACCUCCAAGCCAACUUUAGCCACAUUGAGUGUCAGAUUCUCAGCAACCUCCAUGAAGGAAGUCCUUGUUCCUGAGGCCUCCGAAUUUGAUGAGUGGGAGCCAGAAGGCACAGCCCUUGAAGGCCCUGUGACUGCUGUUAUCCCUACAUGGCAAGCUCUGACCACUCUAGACCUGAGCCACAACAGCAUCUCUGAGAUCGACGAGUCUGUGAAACUGAUCCCAAAGAUUGAGUACCUGGACCUGAGUCACAACGGAGUACUAGUUGUGGACAACCUACAGCACCUGUACAACCUCGUACACCUUGACCUGUCCUACAACAAGCUCUCCUCCCUGGAAGGCGUGCACACAAAACUGGGCAAUGUCAAAACCCUCAACCUGGCGGGCAACUUCCUAGAGAGUCUGAGCGGCCUGCACAAACUCUACUCUCUGGUUAAUCUGGACCUCAGAAACAACAGGAUUGAGCAGUUGGAGGAGGUCAAGAGCAUAGGCAGCCUACCAUGUCUGGAGCGUGUAGCCUUGCUGAACAACCCUCUGAGCAUCAUCCCUGACUACCGGACCAAGGUGCUCUCCCAGUUUGGAGAACGAGCCUCUGAGAUCUGUCUGGAUGAUGCAGCAACCACCGAGAAGGAACUGGACACUGUGGAAGUCCUGAAAGCCAUUCAGAAAGCCAAGGAUGUCAAGUCCAAACUGAGCAACACAGAAAAGAAGGUUGGUGAGGACUCCCGACUCCCAGCUGCUCCCUGCGUCAGACCCAGCAGCUCCCCACCCACUGCAGCUCCCACUUCAGCCUCCCUGCCUCAGCCUAUUCUCUCCAACCAAGGAAUCAUGUUCGUACAGGAAGAGGCCCUGGCCAGCAGCCUCUCAUCCACCGACAGUCUACCGCCCGAGGACCGGCCCAUUGCCCAAGACUGCUCUGACUCCUUGGAAUCUAUCCCCGCAGGACAGGUGGCGUCUGAAGAUUUACGGGAUGUGCCAGGAGCGGUUGGUGGUGCAAGCCCAGAACAGGCAGAGCCAGAGGUUCAGGUGGUGCCUGGGUCAGGCCAGAUCAUCUUCCUGCCCUUCACUUGCAUUGGCUACACAGCCACCAACCAGGACUUCAUCCAGCGCCUCAGCACACUGAUCCGCCAGGCCAUUGAACGGCAACUGCCUGCGUGGAUUGAGGCUGCCAACCAGCGAGAGGAAGCCCAGGGGGAACAGGGCGAGGAGGAGGAAGAGGAGGAGGAAGAGGAGGAUGUUGCUGAAAACCGCUACUUUGAAAUGGGACCCCCAGACGUAGAAGAGGAGGGCAGUGGCCAGGGAGAAGAGGAGGAUGAGGAGGAUGAGGAAGACGAGGAGGCUGAGGAGGAGCGUCUGGCUCUGGAGUGGGCCCUAGGCGCCGAUGAGGACUUUCUGCUGGAGCACAUCCGCAUCCUCAAGGUGCUGUGGUGCUUCCUGAUCCAUGUGCAGGGCAGCAUCCGCCAGUUUGCUGCCUGCCUUGUGCUCACCGACUUUGGCAUCGCUGUCUUCGAGAUCCCACACCAAGAGUCCCGAGGCAGCAGCCAGCACAUCCUGUCAUCCCUGCGUUUCGUCUUCUGCUUCCCACAUGGCGACCUCACCGAGUUUGGCUUCCUCAUGCCAGAGCUGUGUCUGGUACUCAAGGUGCGGCACAGUGAGAACACACUCUUCAUCAUCUCGGAUGCUGUCAACCUGCACGAGUUCCAUGCUGACCUACGCUCCUGCUUUGCCCCACAGCACAUGGCCAUGCUGUGCAGCCCCAUCCUCUAUGGCAGCCACACCAGCCUGCAGGAGUUCUUGCGCCAGCUGCUCACCUUCUACAAGGUGGAGGGCGGCAGUCAGGAGCGCAGCCAGGGAUGCUUCCCUGUCUACUUGGUCUACAGUGACAAGCGCAUGGUCCAGACCGCUGCCGGGGACUACUCGGGCAACAUCGAGUGGGCCAGCUGCACUCUCUGCUCGGCAGUGCGGCGCUCCUGCUGCGCGCCCUCGGAGGCCGUCAAGUCUGCGGCCAUCCCCUACUGGCUGCUGCUCACUGCCCAGCAUCUCAACGUCAUCAAGGCUGACUUCAACCCCAUGCCCAGCCGUGGCACCCACACCUGCCGCAACCGCAAUAGCUUCAAGCUUAGCCGUGUGCCGCUCUCCACCGUGCUGCUGGACCCCACUCGCAGCUGCACCCAGCCACGGGGCGCCUUUGCUGAUGGCCAUGUGCUCGAGCUGCUGGUUGGCUACCGCUUUGUUACCGCCAUCUUUGUGCUGCCCCACGAGAAAUUCCACUUCCUGCGAAUCUACAAUCAGCUACGGGCCUCACUGCAGGACCUGAAGACUGUUGUCAUCUCCAAGACUCCUGCAGCUGGGCCGAGACCCCAAAGCCCCCUCCUGGGUGGCCAGUCUGCCAAGGGCAGGGCCAGUGAUAAGCAGCGACCACAGGAGACCCCAGCAGAAGCUCCGGCUCCAGCUCCAGUUCCGGCUCCAGCUGCAGUCCCAGCAGAGGCCUUGGCUCCAGUUCCAGCUCCAGCAGAGGCUCCAGUUCCAGCAGAGGCUCCAGUUCCAACAGAGGCUCCAGCUCCAGCAGAGGCUCCAGCUCCAGCAGAGGCUCCAGCUCCAGCAGAGGCUCCAGCUCCAGCAGAGGCUCCAGCUCCAGCUCCAGCAGAGGCUCCAGCUCCAGCUCCAGCAGAGGCUCCAACAGAGGCUCCAGCUCCAGCAGAGGCUCCAGCUCCAGCAGAGGCUCCAGCUCCAGCUCCAGCAGAGGCUCCAACAGAGGCUCCAGCUCCAGCAGAGGCUCCAACAGAGGCUCCAGCUCCAGCAGAGGCUCCAACAGAGGCUCCAGCUCCAGCAGAGGCUCCAGCUCCAGCAGAGGCUCCAGCUCCAGUUCCUGCAGAGGCUCCAGCUCCAGCUCCAGCUCCAGCGGAGGCCCCAGCACAAGCUGAGGCCCCUGCCCAGUACCCAAGCGAGCGCCUGAUCCAGUCUACAUCUGAGGAGAAUCAGAUCCCCUCUUACUUGCCAAUCUGCCCGUCACUCCAACACAUUGCCAGUCUUCGGGGGAGGGCCAUCAUUGAUCUCUUCCACAGCAGCAUUGCCGAGGUUGAGAACGAGGAGCUGCGGCACCUGCUGUGGUCAUCGGUGGUGUUCUACCAGAGCCCGGGGCUGGAGGUGACGGCCUGCGUGAUGCUCUCCACCAAGGCCGUCUACCUGGUGCUGCACGACAGCCUCCGCCGCUACUUCUCGGAGCCACUCCAGGAUUUCUGGAACCAGAAAAACCCGGACUAUAACAACAGUCCUUUCCACAUCUCUCAGUGCUUUGUGUUCAAGCUCAGUGACCUGCAGUCAGUCAACGUUGGCCUUUUUGACCAGUACUUCCGGCUGACGGGCUCCUCCCCAUCGCAGGUGGUCACGUGCCUGACCCGGGACAGCUACCUGACACACUGCUUCCUCCAGCACCUUAUGCUCGUGCUCUCCUCCCUGGAGCGCUCCCCCUCGCCUGAGCCUGUGGAUAAGGACUUCUACUCAGAAUUUGGGGACAAGAACACAGGAAAAAUGGAGAACUAUGAGCUGAUCCAUUCCAGCCGUGUCAAGUUCACCUACCCCAGUGAGGAAGAGGUUGGGGACCUGACCUUUAUCGUGGCACAGAAGAUGGCUGAUCCUGAAAAGGCUCCAGCCCUCAGCAUCUUGCUGUAUAUACAGGCCUUCCAGGUGGCCCCACCACAACCUGGACGGAGCAGGGGUUCACUGCGCCCCAAGACACUCCUGCUCACCAGUGCUGAGAUCUUUCUCCUGGAUGAGGACUACAUCCACUAUCCAUUGCCUGAAUUUGCCAAAGAGCCACCACAGAGGGACAGAUACCGGCUAGACGAUGGCCGCCGUGUCCGGGAUUUGGACCGGGUGCUUAUGGGCUACCAGCCCUACCCCCAGGCCCUCACUCUUGUGUUUGAUGACAUGCAGGGUCACGAUCUCAUGGGCAGUGUCACCCUGGACCACUUUGGGGAGAUGCCUGGUGGUCCUGGCAGGGCUGGCCAGGGCCGGGAGGUCCAGUGGCAGGUGUUUGUCCCCAGUGCUGAGAGCCGAGAAAAGCUCAUCUCACUGCUGGCACGCCAGUGGGAGACGCUUUGUGGCAGGGAGCUGCCUGUGGAGCUCACUGGCUAGUGCAAGCCGUGGCAGCCCUGGCCACCUGCCAUGUGCAGCCCAGUCUGGUGCCCGAGAGGGCAAGGAAGCAGGCCUUCUGUGUUCUUUCUAAGGUGUUCUCCCCUCCCUGGAUUCCUUACAUUGAUUGCCUACAGCCCCCACACAGCUCCCACAGAGAAUGUGAACAUGUAUGUUGAGUUCUUCUUCCUAAUGCCAGGAAGAAGUAUGCCAGCCCCACCCCACCAGAGUGUCCUUGUGAUGCCAGCUUCCCUGUGUGCCUGCCUCUGAAGUGGCAUGGCCAGGCACACAGCCUUGUUCUGUCCUUGAUUGUGAUGCUGUUGUUAACACUGGCGCUGUGAACCUGGUGACCUCCACGUCCUUCCCUGAAGUGUUGAGUCCAGUCCUUUGUUGCUGUUGCUGUUGUUGUGGGCAUUUUGCUGCUAAUUAUGAAGCUGGUAGCAGAAUAUACAUUGCAAGCUCCCAUUUUGUGGGCUUUUCCAACAUGGAGGCUUCCUUAGGUCCAGAAAAGAGGAAAUCCUGUGGGGAGUUCCCAGGCCAGGGGGCCCAGAGCAGCCGGUGCGGGGACCCUAGAGCUGCCAGCACAAACGUAAUUCCUGUUGCCUAUUUUCUCUAUUCCAAUAAAGCCGAGUUUGACAGAG